AUGGAGCACAUCCCCGCGGCUCCUGCGAGCGAAGCGCCGCCCCCUCCAGCCCCAGCCCCGGGCCGGCCCCGCGGCCUGCGCACGGCCGCGCCCCGCCGCGCCUUCGCCAAGGAGCUGUUCCUCGGCACGCUGCGCAAGGAAGAAGUUUUUCCUUACCCAGAAAUUAGCAAUGAAGAACUGGCAGAAAUCAACCAGUUUGUGGGACCUGUUGAAAAGUUCUUCAAUGAAGAAGUGGACUCGAAGAAAAUCGAUCAAGAUGCAAAAAUCCCACCCGAAACCUUACAAGGACUGAAGGACCUGGGUCUCUUUGGCAUGCAGAUUCCAGAGGAAUAUGGUGGGCUGGGCCUGUCAAACACCAUGUAUGCACGUCUGGGAGAAAUCAGCUCCCUGGAUGGCUCCAUUGCAGUGACCCUGGCAGCUCACCAGGCCAUUGGGCUGAAGGGGAUCCUCAUUGCUGGCACCGAGGAGCAGAAGGCCAAGUACCUGCCCCGCCUGGCCUCGGGGGAGCACAUUGCUGCCUUCUGCCUCACCGAGCCCGGCAGUGGGAGUGAUGCUGCAUCCAUCCAGACAAGGGCAACCCUGAGUGAAGAUGGGAAACACUUCCUGUUAAAUGGCUCCAAGGUCUGGAUCUCCAAUGGUGGCCUGGCCAGUAUUUUCACAGUGUUUGCCAGGACAGAGAUUGUGGACAAGGACGGGCAGGUGAAGGAUAAAAUCACUGCUUUCAUCGUGGAGCGGGACUUCGGGGGCGUCACCCAUGGGAAACCCGAGGAUAAACUGGGCAUUCGAGGCUCCAACAGUAAGAGCCACCUAAAACUGUUAGCAGAACUUGUUUUCAUACUCUCCCAGACAAUAGUGGAUGAGCAGCUGGUGCUGAAGAGAGUGGCAGAUGUGGUGAUUAAUUUGUAUGCAAUGACUGCAGCCAUCUCCCGGGCCAGCCGCUCCAUCAGCAUCGGGCUCAGGAACCAUGACCACGAGGUGCUUCUUACAAAUAUCUUCUGCACAGAAGCCUAUUUCAAGAAUAAUUAUGCCAUGGCUCAAUUAGAAAAAUAUGCUGAUGAAAACCUGGAUGAUUCCAUUAAAAAAGCUGCAAAGCAGAUCCUGGAGAAGAGGGCAUACAUCUGCUCUCACCCUCUGGACAGGACCUUCUGAUUCCUCCCUGAGAGCAGGCACUCAUGAAUGUCAGUCAGGGAGGAAUUUGCUGCAGUUCCAGUAUUUGGCAUCUUAAAAGCAUCUGUUAUUUAAUGUCUUUACUAAAUGUAACUGUGUAAAAUAAAACUUCUUUCUAACCAAAAUUUCAUAGGAAAAGGAUAAAUACAGAGAUUUCAUUUAAA